AUAGUAUUAUUAUAAAUGUGAUUGAUGGACCUUUACUUGAAACCAAUUAUGAUCAUUGAUUGCCUGACCAUUAGGAUGAUCGCAGAAGAACUAUUGCUGAGCAAUCAUUGCUCAAUUGCAAACUAAUCUCUUAAAUGAUUUCGGAGUGCUAGCUGUAAUGGACACUUAUCCCAUUCAUAAUGAAGAUACUUUCUUUACUACUAAAAUGAAUGCUAAAUAUAAUAAGUUAAUAGCAUUUGGAUAACUUAAU